AUUGAUAGCAGGUACAACAGUGGAACAAAGCAACUUCUCAAUUAUUUACUGUUUGGAUACUGUGACUUAUCUGCAGACAGUAUAAGUGUUAGAUUGACAGAUGAARCACUUGAAGAUUUGGUUCUUUUCAUAAAGCAUGAAAGUGUCCACAUUUACUGCAAUCCUCUUAAUUACUCUCUGAUUUUACCCUUUGUUGGACAUUGGAGAAACCUGCAUCUUCACUGCUUGACUAACGAGGAGGAUGAUGACGAGAAAACUGAAGAAUUCAAAAUCUUGAGUUUUAUUUCUAUGGUUAAGGGAUGUCCUAAGAUUGGUAUUCCUUAUGGCUGUGAUCAUGUGCAAAAGCCGUUUGAUGUUUUUGUAAUUGAAAAAUGGCCUCUUGUUCAAGCCUUUGCUUUGGAAGGGUUUGGAGGUGGUGGUUUCUUUACCAUGGUUCAUGAGAYUGUAGAUGUAACUUCUAAAUUGAAUUCUGUGUAUGGAUCUCUUGACCCAGUCACAGCAGAAAUACUCAUCACUCAGAGACUUCCAUUGUUUGAACGUCACUGCAAAUCUGUGCUUACCAACAUUGAUGUGGAAAGCCAGUAGUGAGUUACUAYAAGCAUGGACAUAUGUCAGACACAUCAAUUAACACAUCAAGUAUUGAAGAUCAGCCAGGGCCUUUUGUAUUGUUUGGGGUUAACACAACAAAGAAGGUUCUUGAUGAAGUGAAAACUAGACAUAACAAAGGCUGUUUAAGUUCCUGUGGUAUUUCUGGAUCACCRGCUAAGCAUAUGGUUUGCUAUGCCACAGAUCCAAGAGAUAUAAUAUCAUGUGUCAGGACAUACUUCUUUGCUAAUGGCUUCCUACCAUACUCAGAAGACACAACUUCAAAUUUGAAAAUACAAAGUAAAGACCUCAGGUUGUUGAUAGAUUUGUACCUGAUUGCUGUUAGCGCAKUUCUUGAAGGCAUUCAUACAUUUGUACAUACUCAAGAUCUUAUGAAGGCCAAGGGUAUUGUUGACUCCACCCUUAAAGAUGAAGUAAACAAGAAGAACAUCUCGGGUGGUCCAAAAGAAGUGAAAUUCUCUGUGGAAGCACAGGAUGUUCUAGGAAGGAAAGGUGAAUCACAAUAUAGUAGUCCAUCAAUCAAUAAGGCAUGCCUCUAUCUAUAUGAUAUACCAAGCAUAGAGCAUCCUGGAAAAACACUGGGCUCUGUUGCAUUUGGAGAGACGUUUCUGAACUCCGCYGUAAAAACUCUCAGCAGAGAUGGUACUACUGAGUGGAGUUGUAGGCAUGUGAUUCUUACUGAAAAUGUGUCAAGAUUUGCCUCUUGGAUGGGAGGAGAGGUGGAAAAUGAGUCAUCCAAAUGCUUGGAAGAUUAUGUAAAGUCCAAAGCAGAAAAUACAACAUUUGGCAAGCAGCUAGUUUAUGGUGAUCAAUGUUAUGUUGGUGGUGGGACAAUAUACAGCAAAUAUGAACAAGGUACUUUAUAUGUUUAUGAAAAGGGUUUCAUCUUCCUUCACCCCAGAUGUGGAGCUAUUUCAUUGCCUUUAUCUGUCAUUUCAAGGAUGCAGUUUUAUGAUGGUGAAUCCAGCAGUACAGUGGCAUUGAUGAUACUCAAGUACAAUCCUUCCUUGACAGCACACCUUCCUUCACAUCUUGUAAAUAAUACCAAUACUCUAGUCAUAGCUUUGAUGCCAAGGACUAAGAUAUUUAGACAGUUUUACAGUGAUGUCCUACCUCUGUGGAAAAACAGCUCAGAUAAAACAACUCCUUUAUUAGAAAUGAUCACAGACUUACCAGAUGACUUGCACAUAAUGUAUUUGGGAUUAGAAGAGCACAAGAUGCUAUCUCAUCCAGAGAUAGGACCUACAAUACAACAUGCCAUGAUGUCUUUUCCUGAUCUCAAAAGAAAGUCACUCAGUAAUACCUUAGCAAGCCAAAGAAAGUUGCUUGGGAGAAUAUCUGGAAGGAAAAGAGUACGAGUGAUCCUUGUUUCUCCAGGGUUCACUGAUAUUGUAGAUGUAGUCCAGGCUAUAUACAACCAUCCUAAUCCAGAGGUUAAGAAGAACAUCAAGAUAGGUGCUGUGACGUGCUGUGUUGAUCCAGAUAACAUGUUCAUGGAGGAAAGAUACACCCUUCCAAAACUAUUAGACCAAUGUGCACAAGGUUGGGUUGAUAAUAUCGUGUUUACAAGUUGCCUUGACCCACAGAAUGACAAGCUUACCAUGGUCCAGAAAUUAGUCAGGACUUGUAACCCUGAAGCAGCAUUUAUUCUAGCUAAAGGUGGAGAGGUUACACGAUCUUCAGAUGUAGACCUCAUCCUGUCAGACAGUGCCUUCCUAAAGAAGAGUGCAGUGCAGAAGAGACACUUGAUGUGCCCUGGAUGGUCACUGGGUAUAUUUAAUUCUGGUUCUACAGAACCUCUUGUCAAUGAGGUCUACAUCAACCUAUUUGGACCACUUGACAAACAUCAGUUUGUAUCCAACCUAAGAGCUCUACAAGGACCAAUCCAUCUAAAGGAGUGCUUAACAAAAGGAGCCAUUCACAGUAUCAGAGGACAUGUACAUUUUACAGAUCAUAAUACCGUGAGUGAGGUUCACUGGACAGCACUAAAAGGCAGUUUAACAAUGAAUACAGUAGAUAUGACUAUYAUGCCUAGACCACCUCCAAAGGGUGCUCAGAAUGGUGAUGUAGAUCACCACACCUUGUCAUAUUUUAUGAUCUUCACGGGAUUCUUUUUGAAAGAAGAUGCGCUGAAGGACUGGYUGAGAACGUGUGUCAAACAGAAACCCCAAAAGAAGAAACUAAAGACCUUGAAAGACUUGACGAAAAAGGAACUUGAUCAGAUCAAUGAUAUGUUUCCCAUUUUCUUUUGGUCACCUUUAGUUUUACUUUUCUCCAAGAAACCCAAUCCAUAA